AGGCGCGUCCAUUUUGUUAGCAAGUACGAUCCCGGUUAGUCGACGCCGGUGCAAAGUAUAAUUCUCGUUUGCGACGAGUUCGUGUUACGAGUAGUAAGGGUUACGAAGACCAGUGGCUGUCUGUCGGCGGCGUUCGUAGAUUUGUGUCUACGUAACGUGAGCACAGAGAGCGCAGCUGGCAAGUGUGAGAACCUACUUGUAGAUAUCGCGCAAGAAUCAGAGAAGCCGUUGGAAGAGAGUCGUUGUACAGGGCCGCGAAACACGUCGCGUACCCGGUUCGUCGGUAGUUUAGUUUUAACAAGAUGGCGGAACUACAGGGAACCCCGGUUGCUCAAGACGCCCUGUCCGUAGCUCAGUUAGAGCUCGGUGGAAAUCCGAAUGCCUUGGCUUUGCGUAGGCCAUUUGAUCCUGUGGCACAUGAUCUCGAUGCGACCUUCCGCCUUACGCGGUUCGCCGACCUAAAAGGAUGAGGGUGUAAAGUCCCUCAGGAGGUUCUUGGGAAACUCCUCGAGGGACUACAGGCCGACGACGGUAGCGCACAAGAUCAUGAACAUGCCCAUUUUAUGCACAUGGCCAUUCCACGCAUCGGCAUUGGUAUGGAUUCCUCCGUGACUCCACUGAGACAUGGAGGGCUUAGUUUGGUACAAACAACAGAUUUCUUUUAUCCAUUAGUUGAUGAUCCUUAUAUGAUGGGUAAAAUUGCAUGUGCAAAUGUUAUCAGUGAUCUAUAUGCUAUGGGUGUUACUGAAUGUGAUAAUAUGCUGAUGCUAUUGGGAGUCAGUACAAAAAUGACUGAAAAGGAACGAGAUGUUGUUGUUCCUUUAAUUAUGAGAGGAUUCAAGGAUUCUGCUCUGGAAGCUGGCACAACAGUAACAGGUGGUCAGACAGUUGUUAAUCCUUGGUGUACAAUAGGUGGAGUGGCUUCUACUGUUUGUCAACCAAAUGAAUAUAUUGUUCCAGAUAAUGCAGUAGUAGGUGAUGUUCUUGUUCUCACAAAACCACUUGGAACUCAAGUUGCUGUGAAUGCUCAUCAAUGGUUAGAUCAACCAGAUCGUUGGAAUAGAAUCAAACUUGUAGUCAGUGAAGAUGAUGUAAGGAAAGCUUAUCAAAGAGCAAUGGAUAGCAUGGCUAGGCUUAACAGAAUAGCGGCGAGAUUAAUGCAUAAAUAUAAUGCACAUGGAGCAACAGAUGUAACAGGCUUUGGCCUUUUAGGACACGCACAAAAUCUGGCUAAACAUCAAAAGAAUGAAGUUUCCUUUGUUAUUCAUAAUUUACCUGUUAUUGCUAAAAUGGCAGCUGUAGCAAAAGCGUGCGGUAAUAUGUUUCAACUUUUGCAAGGUCAUUCGGCGGAAACCAGUGGUGGAUUGCUCAUUUGUCUGCCUAGGGAACAGGCUGCUGCAUAUUGUAAGGAUAUCGAAAAACAAGAAGGAUAUCAAGCAUGGAUUAUUGGUAUUGUGGAAAAAGGAAAUCGUACAGCCAGAAUAAUUGAUAAACCACGAGUAAUAGAAGUGCCAGCUAAAGAAAAAGAUGGAGAGCUUUGGUAAAAGAUUAAGGAUGUUGACGAAACAUUUUUUUUAUUUACCUUCAUAUAUUUAGAAAAAACCACAUGCAACACAGAAAACACGCAUUUACAUAGAUCAAUAUUAUCAUACCAGAUACAAAGCACUUAAUGUGCAUCAUUAUUACGGGACAAACAAAUUUUCAAUUUUUCAUUGGAUAAAAAUUUGAUAUACUCGUAAUAAUUUUGAUUAUAUUUUCUAUCCUAUGGGUUUUGAGAAAGAGAUAUAAUAAUAACGACUUAUACUUA